GAGGGCGCAGCAUCCUGGCGCGGGCAGCGGCUACCGCCACCACUGCCGUCGGGGAAGGUCCUAUCGCGGACAUGGUCUCGCGCUGCGCCCGCCCGGGCCCUUACCCCUCGCGCCCCGCUCAGUAGCCCCGCGGGAGGCGGCCUGGACGGUGCAGACUGGCGGGCGGGCGGCAUGGAGGAGGCGCACCUGCUCCCGGCCGCCGACGUUUUGCGCCGCUUCUCGGUGACUGCCGAGGAUGGCCUGAGCCCCGCGCAGGUGACCGGCGCGCGGGAGCGCUACGGCCCCAACGAGCUCCCCACUGAGGAAGGGAAGUCCCUGUGGGAGCUGGUGCUGGAGCAGUUUGAAGACCUCCUGGUGCGCAUCCUGCUGCUGGCCGCCCUGGUCUCCUUUGUCCUGGCCUGGUUUGAGGAGGGUGAGGAGACCACUACAGCCUUCGUGGAGCCCCUGGUCAUCAUGCUGAUCCUUGUGGCCAAUGCGAUCGUGGGCGUAUGGCAGGAGCGUAAUGCUGAGAAUGCCAUCGAGGCCUUGAAGGAGUAUGAGCCUGAGAUGGGCAAGGUGAUCCGCUCAGACCGCAAGGGCGUGCAGAGGAUCCGCGCUCGGGACAUUGUUCCUGGAGACAUUGUGGAAGUGGCAGUGGGAGACAAAGUGCCUGCAGAUCUCCGUCUCAUCGAGAUCAAAUCUACCACACUGCGAGUGGACCAGUCUAUCCUGACAGGUGAAUCUGUGUCUGUGACCAAGCACACAGAUGCUAUCCCAGAUCCCAGAGCUGUGAACCAGGACAAGAAGAACCUGCUAUUUUCUGGCACCAAUAUUUCAUCUGGCAAGGCCAUGGGUGUGGCAGUGGCCACAGGCUUGCACACGGAGCUGGGAAAAAUCCGGAGCCAGAUGGCAGCUGUGGAGCCUGAGCGGACGCCAUUGCAGCGCAAGCUAGAUGAAUUUGGACGGCAGCUGUCCCAUGCUAUCUCCAUGAUCUGCGUGGCUGUGUGGAUCAUCAACAUUGGCCACUUUGCUGACCCCGCCCAUGGUGGCUCCUGGUUCCGUGGUGCCAUCUACUACUUCAAGAUCGCUGUGGCCCUGGCUGUGGCCGCCAUCCCGGAGGGCCUCCCAGCAGUCAUCACUACAUGCCUGGCACUGGGCACCCGGCGCAUGGCACGCAAAAAUGCCAUUGUGCGGAGCCUGCCCUCCGUGGAGACCCUGGGCUGCACCUCAGUCAUCUGCUCUGAUAAGACAGGCACACUCACCACUAAUCAGAUGUCUGUCUGCAGGAUGUUCGUGGUAGCGGAAGCAGAAGCAGGCUUCUGCCGUUUGCAUGAAUUCACCAUCUCGGGUACUACUUAUGCCCCGGAAGGCGAAGUGUGGCAAGGGGAACAGACUGUGCACUGUGGGCAGUUUGAUGGGCUUGUGGAGCUGGCAACCAUCUGUGCCCUGUGCAACGAUUCAGCGCUGGAUUACAAUGAGACUAAGGGUGUGUAUGAGAAGGUGGGAGAGGCCACAGAGACGGCCCUGACUUGCCUGGUGGAGAAGAUGAAUGUGUUUGACACAGACCUGAAUGCACUGUCCCGGGUGGAGCGAGCUGGCGCCUGCAAUGCGGUCAUCAAGCAGCUCAUGAGGAAGGAGUUCACCCUCGAGUUCUCCCGGGACCGGAAAUCCAUGUCAGUUUAUUGCACGCCCACCUGCUCUGACCCCAAGGCCCAGGGCAGCAAGAUGUUUGUGAAGGGGGCUCCUGAAAGUGUGAUUGAGCGCUGCUGCUCAGUUCGUGUGGGGAGCCGAACAGUACCCCUGAACACCACCUCCAGGGAGCAGAUCCUUGCAAAGAUCCGGGACUGGGGCUCAGGCUCAGACACACUGCGUUGCCUAGCACUGGCCACCCGGGAUCAGCCCCCGAGGAAGGAGGACAUGCAGCUGGAUGACACCAGCAAGUUUGUGCAGUACGAGACAGACCUGACCUUUGUAGGCUGUGUGGGCAUGCUGGACCCACCCCGGCCUGAGGUGGCUGCCUGCAUCACACGUUGCCACCAGGCAGGCAUUCGAGUGGUCAUGAUCACAGGGGACAAUAAAGGCACAGCUGUGGCCAUCUGCCGUCGGCUUGGCAUCUUUGGGGACACAGAGGACGUGUCAGACAAGGCCUAUACAGGCCGUGAAUUUGAUGACCUCAGCCUUGAGCAGCAGCGCCGUGCCUGCCGCUCUGCCUGCUGCUUCGCCCGUGUGGAGCCAGCACACAAGGCCCGAAUUGUGGAGAACCUGCAGUCCUUCAAUGAGGUCACCGCCAUGACUGGUGAUGGGGUGAACGAUGCACCAGCCCUGAAGAAAGCAGAGAUUGGCAUUGCCAUGGGCUCAGGCACAGCCGUGGCCAAGUCUGCUGCAGAGAUGGUGCUGUCAGAUGACAACUUUGCAUCCAUUGUGGCUGCAGUAGAGGAAGGUCGGGCCAUCUAUAGUAACAUGAAGCAAUUCAUUCGCUACCUCAUUUCCUCGAAUGUCGGCGAGGUGGUCUGCAUCUUCCUCACGGCAAUUCUGGGCCUGCCUGAAGCCCUGAUCCCUGUGCAGCUGCUCUGGGUGAACCUGGUGACAGACGGCCUACCUGCCACAGCCCUGGGCUUCAACCCUCCAGACCUAGAUAUCAUGGAGAAGCUUCCCCGGAACCCUCAAGAGGCCCUCAUCAGUGGCUGGCUCUUCUUCCGGUAUCUGGCUAUUGGAGUGUACGUAGGCCUGGCCACAGUGGCUGCCGCCACCUGGUGGUUCCUGUAUGACUCCGAGGGACCCCACAUCACUUUCUUCCAGCUGAGGAACUUCCUGAAGUGCUCCGAGGACAACCCACUCUUUGCUGGCAUCAACUGCGAGAUCUUUGAGUCCCGCUUUCCCACAACUAUGGCCUUGUCUGUGCUGGUGACCAUUGAAAUGUGCAAUGCCCUCAACAGCGUAUCUGAGAACCAGUCACUGCUGCGGAUGCCACCCUGGCUGAAUCCCUGGCUCCUGGCAGCCGUGGCCAUGUCCAUGGCCCUGCACUUUCUCAUCUUGUUUGUGCCACCCCUGCCUCUCAUUUUCCAGGUGACCCCACUGAGUGGGCGGCAGUGGGUGGUGGUGCUACAGAUGUCUCUGCCUGUCAUCCUGCUUGAUGAGGCCCUCAAGUACCUGUCUCGGAACCACGUGGAUGAAAAAAAGGAUCAGAAGUGAGUGCUGGAAGUAGAGAGGAGUCUCCAGUGUGGAUCUGAAGCUGAUGGUGCCCUGGCAUUUGUCCCCCGUCCCCACCCCUACCACCACACUCACCCCCUGCCCACCAGGCCCUGCUGGAUGCACCACAAACCUAAGGCCAGAAUGACCACCCGCAGGCCCAGCUCCGGGGUCCCUGUCUCCAUUUCCCUCUGACCUGAGGACUCAUGGCUCAUGUCUCCUGGGAAGUUCCCUUCCUAUAGCUCCAGCCCGGGGGCUGAGCCUGGGAGGCACUACCAAGAAGCCAGAGGCAGCACAUCAGAGAUACAGAGUCCUUCCCCUCUGCACAUCCUCUAGCAUGUCCUCUUCUGCUUGGAGGCUGGGAAUUUGUUUGGUGACCUGUGCUUGGACCCUGAUGGAACACUCUUAGGGCCUUCUUACUGGCUCUGACCUCUCACUUAGUGCCUCGUCUGGAGUGUGGUCAGCGGCGGGGGGGCUAGGAUCAUAGGGGGCCAUCUGGUCCCAGCUGUGCACAGUGAGGCAGGCAGCACCCCCACUUGGCUCUGCCCCCACCAAGUCAGCUCAGGAGAGCCAGAGCUUGAUUGUUUAUAUGUGCAGGCCAGAGGGCGUUGAGGGGUCAGAAGGGAGAAUACAGGAGCAGAGAAGGGGCUGGGCAAAGACUGCCUUUCCCUGGAGAUGGUCUGAGCUGCCUCCCUCAGUUUGUCUGUAUCCCCAGUUCUCAGCUCACUUCUCAAACUCAGGUUUUCCUGCCCCAGGUAUAUGACUUAGUAUAGCCUGGUCUGCCAAGCAGAGGCCAGAUUUGCUAUCUGUGUCCCUGGUGCCUGAGACUGCAGACAUCUUUGGGUCCCUGACUACUGUGCCCUCCUACCCAGCCAGUGUUAGGUCAUUCUGCACAGCUGGGUAAUUCUGGUCUCCUGGACUCUCCUUGGCAUCACUCUUUGCCCAUCUCUCCCUAAACACAUACCCAUGAGCCAAAAGGAUGGCCAUUCCUCAAGAGCACUUCCUGUCCCUGCCAGAGGGUUGCAGCAUCUGUGCAUGAUCUGUCAGAUGGUAGAAGAUAGCAUUUGAGGGACAGGAUGUUUUUCUCUUAACUUUGCUUUUGUUCUGUUGGCGAAAACUAGCUAGGCAUGGCAGAACACUGUACACACCUGUCUGUGUUCUCACCCCUUCCUGAGUGUACAAAGUGAUUAUUUUAUAUGUAAAUCAAAGAUUCACAUUCCUCCCCUGAUCCCCAGAAUCAAAAGUCCUCUCAGCCUGCCUCACAGAUAAAUGGGCUCUAUAUUCUACAGCCCUGUCCCCCAUGCUUCCUUCCUCCCCUCUCAAAGGUUCUGGAAGGCCCAAGAGAGAAACAGAGUUGGAAGUGUCUUGGCAAGGGCAAGUAGAAAGUGUCUGGUAGAAAAAUAAAGGUUGUGUGCUGGGGGAAUGGAGCGCUGCCAGUGUCUUUUUGCCAGCUGGGAAUCUACCUAGGGUCUGCCCACCUG